AUGAGCAAAGGAAAAUUAAUAGUUGAGUAUGAAAAAGGACAGAUUGAUGCUUAUUUUCAAAUAGGAAAAAAUAUUAAGCAAAUAAGUGCUAUAUUGGACAGAAGCAGGACCGCAAUUAGAAAUUACCUGACUUUAAAGAAUGUAAAUAAAAUUACUAGCAAAAAAGGAAGAAAAAGAGCUC